CCCACAUACACAGACUUCCGCACAUAUUUAUUUCGAAGUCGCGCAAAAGGAACCCCCAAUUGUGUUGUCUGAACACUUUCACGGCGAUCUUCUCUUCAAAGCAGGUGAUAGUUGAGAAACCAAGUGCUAUAUACUGAUUACUUGGAAUGGGCAAGGGUUCGAAGAGUGGUGCAUGCAAGUCUGCAUCGCAUCAGCUCUUCAAGGACAAGGCAAAAAACCGUGUCGAUGAUCUUCAAGGGAUGUUUUCGGAUCUGCAGUCUGCAAGAAAGGAGAGCCGUAGCAUUGAUGUUGCAGUUCUUGAAGAGCAGGUCCAUCAGAUGCUCCGUGAGUGGAAAGCUGAGCUCAAUGAGCCCUCCCCUGCUUCUUCUUUGCAGGGUGGAAGUCUUGGUUCAUUCUCGUCAGACAUUUAUAGGCUGUUACAACUUUGUGAGGAGGAAGAUGAUGCCACCAGUGCUUUAGCUGCACCCAAGUCUGAGCCAGAUGCACAAAAGGCUGAUAGUGGUGCUGUCUUUCAAGAAGGUUUCGUUGCUGCUCAGGCAUCUCAGGAACAAAGCUUCCAAUUGCUUGAUCACUGCAAAAACUCUCCUGCAGGAGCUAAUAGUAUGGGGGUCAACAAUCUGGGGCUUCCAACACAGUUAGAGUAUCACACAUUUGAUUUGCAUCAGGACUUUGAGAACCAGUAUUUCCAAGGAUUUGAUGGUACGGGCCUUUGUGGGGAGGAUGCUUUGCCCCAGAUUGCUGGUUUUGUACAAAAUUUUUGUCCUCCACCUGCUGCUUUUUUAGGGCCGAAAUGUGCACUUUGGGAUUGUCCGAGGCCAGCACAAAGGUCAGAGUGGUGUCAAACAUCACAGGACUACUGCAGUGGCUAUCAUGCCACAAUUGCACCAGCUGAAGGCUAUCCUGGCAUGGCUCCAGUUUUACGACCUGGAGGCAUUGGCUUGAAGGAUAAUUUGCUUUUUGCGGCUCUUAGUGCAAAAGCUCAAGGAAAAGAUGUUGGAAUUCCAGAAUGUGAGGGGGCUGCUACCACAAAAUCCCCUUGGAAUGCACCUGAGCUUUUUGAUCUUGUUGUUCUGGAAGGAGAAAUGAUCAGGGAAUGGCUUUUCUUUGAUAAGCCUCGAAGAGCAUUUGAAAGUGGAAAUAGAAAGCAAAGGUCAUUGCCAGAUUACACUGGACGUGGCUGGCAUGAGUCUAGGAAGCAAGUGAUGAAUGAAUAUGGAGGGUUGAAGAGAUCAUACUAUAUGGAUCCGCAGCCAAUGAAAAACUAUGAGUGGCACCUGUAUGAAUAUGAGAUUAACAAGUAUGAUGUCUGUGCAUUGUAUAGGCUGGAACUGAAGCUUGUUGAUGGGAAAAAGAGCCCGAAAGGGAAGAUAGCUACUGAUUCUGUCACUGAUCUGCAGAAGCAAAUGAAGAAGCUUACUGCUGAGUUUCCAUCUGACAAGCAGCGUGCCAUCAAAGGUGGUGCUAAGGCCGCUUCAAAGGAUGCUGCUGGAAGCAUUUAUUCUACCCCGAAUAGAAUGCCUCCUACAGGUGAAGGGUUUGAGUACAGCACAGGUGCUUCAUAUGAAUAUCUUGUUGACAAUUUGAAUGGUUACUAUGUCACGUAGUGGGUAAAAGUGAAGCAGUUGGAAUAAGGGGAAACUGUAUCAGUGUGCAUCCAUUGUGCUGCUCGCUGCAGGUCCAGGCAAUUGCUGGAGUUCUGAGCUUGCAUUUGCUUCACGUCCUUCAGUAUUCAGUCUGAUGUGUCAACCAAACCUCUUGUGUCUCCUGUAGAAUUAUUGUCAAUAGUACAUUGUCAUCUGAAGUGCAGCGGCCAUCUGACAGUUACCGUUUUGGAGCACCUUUAACUGCAGAAACAUGGCGGGCGAGUACCAAAACUGGCUGCCCUUGCUAAUUUUAUUGCUCGAUCAUCAUGAACUCUUGCUGCAUCUUUAGCCUUAUUAGUACUAGAUGCGAUGAAUGCUCACAGUUGUCUAGCAUUGUCUAACUUUUGGGUUUCAGGACUUGCUGUUAGCGGGCGAGGGUUCAUGGUAGCCAUAACUUGAAAUAUGUAGCAUUGUCAUUUUACCUCGUAUAUAAGCAUGUCUUGGGCUCUUAGCUCCUCUGGCCUCUUAUCAACUCUGUGAGACCCAGAUCUUGACUGCUGUCCUUGCCUUUCA